AUGUUCAUCUUGAAAGUGCAUUCUGACGUUGCACCGGAUAGCAGAAUCAGCGAGUCGCUCUGCGGGCCAGAAGAUCCGAAUUGCGGUAGAACGGUGAAAAUGCCGCUACAACCCGAUGAUUGCCAUUUUUUGCAGAAGCAGUACUUUGCAUUACGUACAGCACAUGCAGAUAAGUUAGCCGAACUGAACAAAAGGCCGUCAAAUGCCUUGCCAUCAAGAAAGGAGAUUGUCGAUUCGUUGAAGGUGAGUUAA